CUCUGAGUAACUGGGGACUUGGCCUGCCUUGCCUCCUGAGCUUGAUGGAAGAUCGGAUGUAGAUGAGUUGAUUAUAUUCCAUGAAGUAAUAGCUUACCACCAGCCAGGGUUUAAACUACUCUUUCAGCAUCACUUCACCUGUGGACUUUUCUGAAUUUUGCUUUCUUGGGAGAAAGCUAGGGUAAGAGGAGGUCAUUUUUAACAAGUUAGCAUCCUUUCCCCUCCCUUACAAGUUGAUGCCAGGAAUAAGGCUGUGACUGCGCUGGAUUGCACCUUUAAAUCAAAAAAGGAGCAGAAGAAGAAAGGGACAAUGGCUCUGAGUGGAAACUGUAGUCGUUAUUAUCCUCGGGAACAAGGGGCCGCAGUUCCUAACUCCUUCCCUGAGGUCAUAGAGCUGAAUGUUGGGGGUCAAGUUUAUUUCACUCGUCAUUCCACAUUAACUAGCAUCCCCCAUUCCCUCCUGUGGAAAAUGUUUUCCCCAAAGAGAGACACAGCUAACGAUCUGGCCAAGGACUCCAAGGGAAGGUUUUUCAUCGACAGAGAUGGAUUCUUGUUCCGUUAUAUUCUGGACUAUCUCAGGGACAGGCAGGUGGUCCUGCCUGAUCACUUUCCAGAAAGAGGAAGACUGAAAAGGGAAGCGGAGUACUUCCAGCUCCCAGACUUAGUCAAACUCCUGACCCCAGAUGAAAUCAAGCAAAGCCCAGACGAAUUCUGCCACAGCGACUUUGAAGAUGCCUCCCAAGGAAGUGACACGAGAAUCUGCCCCCCCUCUUCUCUGCUCCCUGCUGACCGUAAGUGGGGUUUCAUUACUGUGGGUUACAGGGGAUCCUGCACCUUGGGCAGAGAGGGGCAGGCAGAUGCCAAGUUUCGGAGAGUUCCCCGGAUUUUGGUUUGUGGAAGGAUUUCCUUGGCAAAGGAAGUCUUUGGAGAAACUUUGAAUGAAAGCAGAGACCCUGACCGAGCCCCGGAAAGAUACACCUCCAGAUUUUAUCUCAAAUUCAAGCAUCUGGAAAGGGCUUUUGAUAUGUUGUCAGAGUGUGGAUUCCACAUGGUGGCCUGCAACUCAUCAGUGACAGCAUCUUUUGUCAACCAAUAUACAGAUGACAAGAUCUGGUCAAGCUACACUGAAUAUGUCUUCUACCGUAAGUGCAAAGGGUUCUUUUUAUUUUUCAUGUGUAUCAGUUCUCUUCACAGAUGUGUAUGCUCUGUGCGUUCUGUCAAAAUCUAA